GAGCUGUCAGAUUCGACAAAUUUAUUAGAGGACGAAAAUGUAGAAGAAGAUCCAGUUGUGGUAGCAGAAAAUGCUGGUGCAACAUUUCGUACACCAGCAGGAGCAGCCAUUGCACGUAAACGAAAGCUUCCUACCAACAAAGGGAAGUAUAUUAAGCAGAGAGGAAGUAAAACACCUGCUGCUACAAGUGCCUCUUGUUAA